ACUCACACGGAAUUGUCCAUACAAUUCUAUACCAUUUCUGUGCUACUUCCUCUCUCACCACACAAAGUCAAUGGCCGUCUCUCCCCCGUACCUCCCCCAAUAAUUUCACGCUUUAAUUUUAUUUGCUCUCUUUGGAUCCUUUUUAGUUCUGCAUAUUUUUUUGCAAAAGUUGAUUAUUACCCGGUUUUCCUUUCAGAAUGAAAGGUUUAAUCGAUACUGGGAAAAACUUUCUGGUGAUAUUUAACUUCGUUAUCUUACCGAUCGUGCUGUUUCUCGCGUGUGAUGCUUCUUCGGCGGCGGUGCCGGAGGACGAUUUGAUGUGCCUCAAAGGUUUGAAGAAUUCACUCAUCGAUCCACUGGGGAGGCUCAGCUCGUGGACAUUCGACAACUCGUCCGUGGGGUUCAUAUGCAAGUUUGUCGGGGUGUCGUGCUGGAACGACCGCGAGAACCGCAUAAUCAGCCUGGAACUCCGCGAUAUGAAGCUGUCCGGCUCGGUUCCCGAGUCGUUGAAGUACUGUGGGAGCCUGCAGAACCUGGAUCUCUCGCUCAACGACCUGAACGGUACGAUACCUCCAAAAACAUGUGACUGGGUGCCUUUUUUAGUGACCCUGGAUCUAUCGAGUAACGGCUUUCACGGUCCGAUCCCACCCGAGCUUUCCAAGUGUCAGUAUCUGAACAGUCUGAUGCUGUCGGAUAAUAAGCUUUCUGGUACUAUACCUUACGAGCUCUCUAGUUUGGGUAGGUUGAGUAAGUUUUCCGUGAAGAACAAUGAUCUUACGGGUAGGAUACCUCCAACUUUCGACGUUAGGUUUGAUAAGGAGAAUUUUGCUGGGAAUGAUGGCCUUUGUGGGGGGCCUUUGGGGAAGUGUGGUGGGCUGAGCAAGAAGAAUUUGGCGAUUAUAAUUGCCGCCGGCGUGUUUGGUGCGGCGGGGUCGUUGUUGUUGGGUUUGGGGGUGUGGUGGUGGUACCAUUUGAGGUUGAGUAAGAGGAGGAAAAGAGGGUAUGGGAUUGGUAGAGAUGAUGAUUGGGCUGAGAGGUUGAGGGCUCACAAGCUUGUUCAAGUUUCGUUGUUUCAGAAACCUCUUGUCAAGGUUAAAUUGGCGGAUUUGAUGGCGGCCACCAACAAUUUCAGCCCGGAAAAUAUAAUCGUUUCGACUAGAACGGGGACUACUUAUAAGGCGAUGCUGCCUGACGGAUCGGCGCUUGCGAUCAAGCGGUUGAAUACUUGUAAGCUUGGGGAGAAGCAGUUUCGUUUGGAGAUGAACAGAUUAGGGCAGCUUAGGCACCCAAAUUUGGCACCCCUUUUGGGGUUUUGUGUGGUAGCGGAGGAGAAGCUUUUGGUAUAUAAGCAUAUGGCUAAUGGGACUUUGUAUUCUUUGUUGCGUGGAAGUGCUGCUGCAUUGGAUUGGCCGACUAGAUUUAGGAUUGGUUUGGGUGCGGCAAGAGGUCUUGCUUGGUUGCACCAUGGGUGCCACCCGCCAAUUCUGCAGCAGAACAUAUGCUCCAAUGUCAUCCUCAUCGACGAGGACUUCGAUGCUCGGAUAAUGGAUUUUGGGUUGGCGAGGCUGAUGACUACUUCUGAUUCUAAUGAGGGUAGUUUCGUGAGUGGAGACUUGGGAGAGCUUGGUUAUGUUGCUCCAGAAUACCCGAGCACGAUGAUCGCUUCGCUGAAAGGGGACGCUUAUGGAUUUGGGGUGGUGCUUCUUGAAUUGGUGACAGGGCAAAAACCUCUUGAGGUUGGCAAUGUUGAGGAGGGAUUUAAGGGUAACUUGGUGGAUUGGGUGAAUCGUGUCUCUAGUUCUGGUCGAACCAAAGACGCCAUCGAUAAGACUCUUUGUGGAAAAGGGCAUGAUGAGGAAAUUUUGCAGUUCCUGAGAAUUGCAUUGAAUUGUGUGGUUUCUCGGCCUAAGGACAGGUCCUCUAUGUACCAGGUUUAUCAAUCAUUGAAGAGUAUGUCCAGAGAGCAUAGUUUCUCCGAACAAGAAGAUGAAUUUCCACUGCUAUUUGGCAGGCCAGAUAAUGAUUCCGUAUAACUUUGGAGCAGUGAAGGGAGGAGCAUCUUGUGGUAAGUUCUUGGAGGCUCUUAAUGUAAAUGGUGUAACCCCCAUUUUGGGUAGUUUCCCCCAUUUGUCGAUAUAGCUAUAUAUCAUACAAUAAGCUACUUAAAAAAUGUAACUUCUUGAACUUUGAAAAAUCUAUUUGUUUGCCCUUUGUUGUAUGAAAUACGGCCCUCUCAUGGGGCUAAAAGCCUAAAAGACAUUUGGGACAUGCUCCCCUGUUUGUAGCCUUACUGCAAUUAAACAUCACCAUGUCAUUGAAGGGAUCAUUCACCUUAUUCACCACCUUACCAUUUAUGGUACAGACAAAAAAGCAUUAUGUGUCCAGAAA